AUGUACACGGGCGACAUCCUGUUCCAGCAGAUUACGCCCGAGAACGCGGACGCGUUCGAGGGCAAUGCCGUGGAGUAUCUUGGCGGACUGGACGAGCUCCAAACGGAUCCCAUCGCCUCCCCCUUCUUUGCGGAGGUCACCGAAUUCACAGGUCACGUGCCCCCACUUUUCUUCAACGUCGGCGCAUCUGAGUCCAUCCUGGGAGACUCUGUCCACGUCGCCCAGAUCGCUGCCCAGGCGGGGGUCGACGUCAUCCUGGACGUGUACCACGCCAUGUGGCACGUGAGCCUCGGAUGA